CGCUUUUCGUGCGCUCGAGCUGCAGAUGACUCGAUCCUCGCGACGCUGCUGUGUACAGAACCUGCGCGCUUAUCUUUACGGACGCUCUCUGAAACAUCGUUUUCUUCUGGAUUGUUAUUCAGUUCUGAUGUUUUUCAAUUGCUCUCCGAUGCAGAGAAAUGGGUAAACUUCAUUCCAAACAUGCUGCUAUUUGUAAAGCGAGGGAGAGCCCUGAAGGCGAUAGUUUUGUAGUUAACGCAUGUUUGGCGAGGAAAGGACUGGACGAUUGGAUGGUUAAACAGAAGUAUUACUGCUCGAGUUCUCGCGUAGAUCAACAGGACCGCCAGCAGAAAAAUACCUGCGGACUGUCUCAUCGGAACCCGUUGGAUGAAGGUAAUGCAGAGGGUAUCAGUGAUGAUAACUAUCGUUUAGAAGUGGCCCUUCCCCCUGAGAAGACUGACAGCUACAGUGUUGAAGAGAGAAUGCAGGACACUGAGGGGUCUGUCCCUGUCGGACAACAAAAACAACUACAGUUUGAGGAGUUGGAGUGUGCUGUAUCAGUAGAGGAAGAUAACAGGCAGGAGUGGACUUUCACCCUUUAUGACUUCGAUAACAAUGGCAAGGUCACGAGAGAGGACAUCACCAGUCUCCUGCACACUAUAUACGAGGUGGUGGACGCUUCAGUGAAUCACUCUCCCAGUAGCAGUAAGACCCUCAGAGUGAAGCUCUCUGUCUCCCCAGACUCCAGCCAGAGAUGGAGGAACUGCACUCAGACCAACACAGAUACUCCCCAUCCCAGACAAAAGGGGGAAAAGUGCAUUGGGAACUUCAAAACUUCAGACAAAAAGUCAAAAGUUUUUUUUAGGCGUUACCAUGGUGACCACCACAACCAGCAGGGCUGCCAGCGACAUUGUGUAGAUGAGAACUUGGAGAGAAGAAACCAUUAUCUUGACCUAGCCGGCAUUGAAAACUACACUUCUCGCUUUGGAACAGCAGCUCCUGCCACAGAGCCAACAAAACCCAACCAAGCCACCCGGUCAUCCAAUCAAACACGCUCUCGUUCUCACGAACCCGAGAAUGGCCACGCUUACCCCGCUCACCAUCGGCGUUUACAGACUAUCUCAACUGAGAAUCCUGCCCUCCUCACCCAGCACACACACACAUUCCAUUCCCCCAAAACACACCGUACCCCACCUGCUCAGGCCUCCGCUGGUCGGUUGAUGAAAAGAGGAGCACCCCCUCCCCCAGCAGUGCCCAGUCAGACCCCUCCACACCAAAGCUCAGGACCGUACCGACGACACAAACAGAGGCCUAAAGAAGGGCUCCACUAUCGGGCUAUGGGCCCGACCGUGACGUCCGGUCCAGUAGUGGAGAAAGAACACGUGAGGGAUCUGCCCAGUCUGAUGCUGUAUGAAGGAGGACUAGCUCAGGUGGUCCAGCGGCAUGAGCAUCAUCACCAUCAUGAACAUCAUCAUCACUACCAUCACUUCUAUCAGUCCUGAAGAGAUGUUCAGUCAAACAGUGUCACACAGGCACAUACUUAUAGGAUAUAGAUAAGAAGAAACACAUGAAAUGGCCAACUUAAGGCUGAGAAGGACAGAAGGCAUCAUAAUCAUGCCGACAGACUGUGUGUCGGUAUGUGUGUGCAUCUGUAUAUAUAAAUGUGUGUGUGUGUGAAGAUUGUGUGUACAGGUGGUCUGUAUGUUUGAGUGUGUGCUCAUGUAUUCAGUCCUGUCUUUGAGAGCAGGGGCUUUGGACAGAUUUACGAACUAAGUAAGGGCUCUGUCUCUCCUUUCUCUCUCUCUCUCUCUCUCUCUCUCUUACUCUUUCUGUCUCUUUGCAUCUCCCUCUCUCAAUGCUUAUCUGAAAAUCUGUAUGAAUGGCUCAAUGCCCACUGAGGUUGAAAUGGUGGUCAGUUGUGUUAAAUGAAGAACUCUGAGUUGUCAAACUACUUUUGAAGGAAUACAUUUACUUGGUUUGGAAAUUUUCACUAAAAGUCUAUUUGUGUGUGUGUGCGUGUGUACAUGCGUGUGCGUGAAUGUACGCAUCUAUGUGUGCCUAAUGUGUUUUUUUUAUACUUAUCCUGUGUUUUUUUCCCCACUGAAGACCACUUGAAAAGCACUUGUUGUGCCAUUGCAUUUGAGACACUUUACCUUUGAAGAACUUUACCCAAAAGAACAGAUCUGAAACAACACCUUUAAAUGCAAUACAGGACACAUGUACAGACAGAGCCAGUAAAGACACUCCAACAUUCAGGACUUGUCGAAGGAAAGUACCAGAACUACACUCUACCAAUCUACAUGAAGAAAACAGAACAUCAUAAUCAGCUGCUACCUCUAGUAUUAUUAUGAUUAUCGGUAUUAUUAACAUAAUUUUUAUCAUUCAGAUUUUAUUUUUCUGUCUAUUCUAAUAUGCCACCAAUCUGCAGUUAUGCCGUGAAAUAUGUUGUCAAGAUGAACUGGAUUUAAAUAUAUUGUAAGCUUUAUUACUGAUGUAUUUGUUUUAUUAUUGAUUUUUUUUUUUCUGUCCCCUUAACUGUAAGCUAAUUGCAUUGUAAGACCACUAGGUAUCAGAAUUUAUAGUUUAACUAUGUGUAUCUACAAUAUGAGAUCUUCUGAUGAUCAUGUUCUGAAGUUUGUUAAAAAUAAUUUAUUUAAAAAAUGUAUUCCUGCCAGGUUUAUGACAAGUUAAAAUGGGUCUAAUCAAAUGUUUGGAAAACGUUUUGAAUAUAGUUUAUAUUGUAUGAAACAAUAUUAUACCUUAUAUUGCAUCUUCUGCUUGUUUAGUCGUGGUUUCAGCUUUCCCCUGUUAUCAGAUCAGCAAGUCAUAAGACAGUUAUAAAGUUCACAUAUUUUGACUUUGUAAAGUGAAAAAGAAUUGGUUCUGCCAAGGAAAGAUUAGUACUAUCUUUUCUCAGGAUCUUUUCUCAUUAGUUAAUCAUUGAGUCUUGAUGACACAGUCUAACAGUAUAAUUUGAUUUGAAGGGAGCUGUAAAGCACUGCACUAUAAGGAUAUUUUGAUGCAAUUUGAGAGCUUCAAUUUUUGUCAGAAAUCUUUUGAAUCCAAGAAUAUGUCCUCAAAAUGAAUUAGGACACUGUAGACAGUAUUAUAGUGCCUUUAGCUCACUAAGUAUUGGCAACAAUAAGAUGUGUAGCAAGAAAACAAGUUUGGUUUAUCUGGAGUUCAUCUAUUUCCCGCAGCAGUUUUUAAAUAGCAUUUAAAUAGUACAUUAUGAGUCUAUUUAAUGUUUGAUGGAAUCCAAGUCACAUACAGUGAGGGUGUGUGUGUGUGUGUGUGUAUGUGUGUGUGUGUGUGUGUGGCAGCUGUCUCAUUCCUUAGGUGCUGGAUGACAGUAUAGCCGCCUAGGAGUCUCCAGUCCUCCCAUAACUCAUCAAUACCCCACUGUCAGAGAGUUAAUGAGUGUGUGUGUGUGUGUGUGUGUGUGUGUGUGUGUGUGUGUGUGUUUGUGUUUGAAACCAGCACUAAGCAAGGUUAUGAGACGGAGAAGCCCUCUUCCAUACCCAGGUGGUGACCAGGUGUGUGUUAAAGCUAUCACCAGGUGUAAGGUAUGAUAGAUGUUUUACAUCUUAGCUGCAUCCCUUACAGAAACAUGCGUACGAAUAUUGAAAAUGUACUUUGUUCCAUCUAGUAGGAGUCUGACACUUACACUUUAAUAAAUGCUAAAGUGCUGUUAAACCUUCCUGAUAUGUGAAGAGUGAGUGGAUUACUACUCUGCUCAGGAGGAGGGUGGAAAUGUGAGAGCAUCACACUAAACUACACUCUACACAACCCACCUGCACCUUCAGGGUGGUCUCAUCACAACUAGUAAGUUAGUGACACUUGACCUUCUCUCAAUCUUGCCAUUGCUGUGGAAUGAAUGUAUGGUAUGGAGUUAAGCACACCCCACUUCACCCAUCUUUCUCAUUCUCACUCUCCUUACAGCACAAGAUGUUAUGUGCUGCUAUUUCAAAUGCACAUGCAUGUGUGGACUUAGAUCAUUUUAACCGUACUAAAUUGCUGCUAAAAGAAACCCCAUAAUUUCAAGAAAGUGUGACAUCGAUCCAUUUAGAGUAGAGUUUUUAAGUCAUUAAUAUGCUGCAGUGUUUAACAGAUUCCUCUCUAUCUUUAUUCCUAAUUUCCACUCUAAUGUUGUUUAAAUGUCUGAUAUAAUCAUUUUUGGCCUGAUGUAAAUACGACAUGAAUGGACUGCUAUGGUGAUAUCAGUAUGUUUGGGUUUUGCGCUAUUUAUCUGGAUGAUUUUGACCAGUGUCGUUUGUACUUAUAACAUUUAAUUAUUUCUAAUGUGCUUUUGUUAUUGUGAUUGAGUGUGUAGGAGAACACACUCUCUCAGACUCACUGAAAGUGUUAAAUGGAGGUGCUUGUAUAUAAAGAACACUACGUGGUUGCAUUUCAUGCCACACACAAACACUAGGCAACAGAUAAUUUGUGACUUUUCUAAAUAAUUUUCGAUGCUUUUUGUUUAGUUUAUAUACUGUAGAUGGAUGGAAAUACUUGCUUUAUUUAUUUGAUAGCAGACCUGUGCCAAGAGAAGACCUUUCAUUAAAAG